AUGUACAUUUUAGUGACGAUAUUUUCAUUUAUUAUUUUCCAUUUCAUUCACAGUACAUCUCUAUUAUCGGAAUGCCAAUUGACUACUACAAUUUGGACGUAUUAUCCUUGUUCAUUUAUUAUUUCAUCAUCAUCCGUUUGUCAACAAUCAUCAAUUAAUUUAUCAAUUGAUCAAUGUAUAAAUAGAGAAGUUAUGUUUUUCUGGCAUUUUCCAUCUGGUAAUAUGACAAUUACAUUAGAAUCAGAACAAAAUCAACCAUUUUUAUUACGUCUAUUUAAAAUUUCAUUAUCAAAAAGACAAUUAAUCAAAAAUAUUUAUCAUUUAUUAAAUAAUCAAACAAUUGAAGAACGAAUAUUAGAUGAUACAAUUACUGAAGACAUUACAAUUUCUUCUGAUAAAUAUAAUCAAUGUUCAAUUAAAUUUGAAACAUUGAAUGAAAUGAUAUUUGAGUAUGGAACAUUUAUUCAAAUGAUAAUUAUGACUGAUGAAUUAAAUAAUUAUUGA